AUGUCCAACAAACCGAACCGAAUACCUCGCGUAUUAUCCAUUCAAAGUCAUGUUGUUCAUGGUUAUGUUGGUAACAAAUGUGCCACUUUUAUUUUACAGUUGUAUGGUUUCGAAGUCGAUAUAAUCAAUUCUGUUCAUUUUUCCAAUCAUACUGGAUACAAUGUUGUCAAAGGUAGUCGAUUAACUGCUGAUGAACUUCGAUCUAUUUUUGAAGGCUUAAUGGCGAAUGAACUUUUUGAUUAUGAUUAUAUCUUAACUGGUUAUAUGGGCUCAGGUGAAUUAUUACGUGUUGUUGCUGAAUAUGUUCGUUUGAUCAAAUCAAAAUCUCCUCAUGUCAAAUAUCUUUGUGAUCCAGUAAUUGGUGAUAAUGGUAAAUUAUAUGUGGAUCAAUCAUGUGUUGACGUAUAUAAGAAUAUCAUUCUACCUCUAGCUGAUAUUGUUACACCCAAUGAUUUCGAAUUAGAGCAAUUAAUUGGAAGAAAGAUUGAAUGUAGUGAUAAUAAUAAAGAACAAAUCAUUUGGCAAUCAUUACAAUCUUUGCAUAGUAUGGGUCCAUCUCAUAUUAUUAUGUCAAGUAUUUUAGCAACAAACACAGAUGGCCAAAAAUCUCAAUUACAGAUGUAUGCUAGUUCAAAAAGUUCAGAUAAUCAAUAUGAAACAUUCCGAAUUGAUUUUCCAUAUCUCAAAGGAUGUUUUACUGGUACUGGUGAUUCAUUUUCUGCUUUAAUUCUUGCAUGGUUUCAUAGAGAAGGUAAUCUCAUUUCUGCAUGUGAAAAAUCAAUUUCUAUUCUUCAUCAAAUUCUAUUGAAUACAAUUGAAUUAUCUCAAUCAGUUAAUACUCAUAAUACUCUUGGUAAUGAAUUAAAUUUAAUUGAGAGUCGAACAGCUAUUGAAGCGGCUAAAAUAUUAUUUCAUGCAGUUCGUACAGAUACAAAAAAAGACAUUAAUUAA